GUUUCGUCUGAUAUUAUUUUUCUUCUUCUCCGAGAAACAAACCCUUUAAUUUACUGUUGUUUCUCACAAUUCUCAAAAAUCUCUCAUCCGAAUUGCGCCUUUUCCGCUUCCUUUUGCUCUGUCAAAUCUCUCAACCGGAAAAAUCUCGGGAAGGUUCGUCUGAUCCAAUUCUGAAGAUUUUGAAAAACCCACCGAGAACUUCGAGAUUUAAUUGAAUUUUUCACUGAUGGGUUACAAAGCAGUUUACCGAUCUCUCACGGAAUUGUUUCCACAGAUUGAUGCAAGGCUUUUAAAAGCUGUUGCUAUUGAGCACCCAAAGGAUGUUAAUGAAGCUGCAGCUGUAGUUGUUUCAGAGAUUGUUCCUUUCUUUUACCCUAAUUUGGCUGAUAGUUCUACUCAACCUGAGAACAAGACACCCGGAAAUGUGCCUACCGAAGUUGAAAAUGCAGUAGAACGUGAUAUGCCAUUCAGUGUGUUGUCUGGUUCAGAGAUGGGUGGUUCAUAUUCAGGAUCUGCCUCUAUGGCUUUUGAAUAUCAUGAAACAAGGGCCCCAGUUACUGAAUCGGUUUCUAAGAGGAAUCAGUUGACACAUGUUAUGCCAAAUGUUGUUGUUGAUAUUCAGAGAAAAGGUAAGAUCGGGUUGAGCGGAUCGGAUGAGUCUGGAGUGGUUUCCUCAGAACCCCCUGUCUCCUGUCAGGCAGGAGCCAAAUCGACUGGCGAUGAUUGGCAAGGUGUUGAGUUUCACAGUACAGGUAAUCAAGCAGAAGCUAGCACAAGCGCAGAUUCAGAAGAUGCUGUGCAUAAGCUGGUUUAUCCUGCAGACAAUUUGGCAAUUACACAGAACUCACAUCCUCUUCAAAUUAGAUUUGGGAGUAUCGAUGUUGUGAACGAGACAUCAAGUGGUUCGUUGGCUGUUGAAAAUAGUGAUGCCGAGUUGAGUGGUUCAAAUCUUGUGGAUGAGAUAUCAAAGGGCUCUUUGGCCGAUGAAAAUGGUGAUCCAGAGCUGGAUGGUGCUGUUAGCUCUGUUGGUAACAGAUCAACCCAGGGAUGCAACAUGGUCCACCUUGAACAGAUCAUUGAAGAUGCCAAAAGUAACAAGAGAACCUUGUUCACUGUGAUGGAGUCGAUUAUGAAUCUGAUGAGAGAAGUUGAACUUCAAGAGAAGGAGGCAGAAAAGGCAAAGGAAGAUGCUAGUAUAGGAGGCUUUGAUACUCUUGACAAGGUGGAGGAGCUGAAGAAGAUGCUGGAACAUGCGAAGGAGGCAAAUGACAUGGCUGCUGGAGAAGUUUAUGGGGAGAGGUCAAUUUUGACCACUGAAGUUAAUGAGCUUGAAAAUCGCUUGAUCAGCUUAUCAGAAGAACGAGACAACUCUCUCUCUGUUCUUGAUGAGAUGCGUGUAGAUCUUGAAAUAAGACUAGCGACAGCUUUGGGGAUAAAAAAUGCUGCUGAGCAAGAAAAACAGGAAAAAGAAGGGUCUGCACGCAAGGCAUUUGCUGAACAAGAAGCGAUCAUGGAGAGAGUUGUCCAAGAAUCCAAGCUUCUACAGCAGGAGGCAGAGGAAAACUCCAAGCUGCGAGAGUUCCUUAUGGAUCAUGGUCGAAUUGUUGAUUCCUUACAAGGAGAAAUCUCUGUGAUCUGUCAAGACAUCCGACACUUGAAAGAGAAAUUCGACAACCGAGUGCCAUUGAGCCAAUCAAUCUCCUCAAGCCAGACUAGCUGUAAACUGGCUUCUUCCGCCUCAUCCAUGAAGAGCUUAUUGACGGAGAAGCCUUUGGAAGCAUCUUAUGAAACACCUGAAGCCUCGAGCAAUAACAAGAGCCCAAAAGCUUCUGUUAAUGAACGUAAGGAGCUUCUGGAUGACGGCUGGGACUUCUUUGACAAAGAGACAGAGCUCUAAGUGUCUUCUUUUCAGUAGAUUAUCGGUGCUAGAAUAAAAGAGAUAUGAAGGGAUUCUGGGUUCUGCUCUAUGUAGAGUAAAGCUUGGAUCUUUGAUCUAAUCUACCGUUAGUAUAAAACAUCUAUUGAGCUCUCUUUUAUUUUUCUUCUCAGUGUAUAGUUUGCUUAUUGUUUUUUUGGUGUUUUUUUCCACCUCUUUGUGGUACUGACAUAAACAAAGACUAUCGUUUUGUCAUAGAAUUUUGAGAUUUUGAAGAAAAGUUGGAUAAUUUAGUAUACUUUUUAACUGACUUUAUAAAACGAAUUAGCUUCAAUUAGAGCUUCACAAUUCUCGGAUUUUACUGAAUGACAAGUUAACAAUUUAAGCUAGAAAAAAAUAUGCUCUAAGCCUGGACAUGUUGUUAGUCAUGGCCAGCGUAUGUGUACAUUAGGUAAAUGAAAACAAAAACAAAAACUUUGAAGGUUUCUGUUAAGAAAGGAACUAAUUUAGCAAUAAGAGACAUGAUAUUACAAGCUCAACACUGUCGCUAUAUCUACCAGAAGCCAACAAAUCUUCCAGUGCGUACCAUUGGAGCCACUUUUCAGGCUCAUUAGACAAAAGUAGCACAUAUAAUGUAAAGACGAAACGAUGAUAAAGAGACUCACAAGGACAUAAUUCCAAUACAGAAGAAGUUUGAUGUCAUUACUCAUUAGAAAGAAAGGUAUAACACAGGAACGGAAACAUAGUUGAACAAUUAUUCAUCAGGGGCUUUACAAGGCCCCAAAACACAAACCACCAAAGUUUUAAAUGAAACGAGACAUGAACU